CGAGGGUUCGAACCCUGAUGUGGAAUCAUGGCGGUCAACGAUGAGGAGAGAAUAAGCGGAGUAGGUGCAUAUCUGACUCAGGAUGGAAGAAUGCCACGUAUCAAUCGCACGAACAUGAGCGCCACGUCCAGCAGAACUGCGUUCCGGUCAAACUCGCUGUCGAAGUCGAGCUUCUCGACAAAGUUUUUGACUUCUGGCUACGAUCGGGGUUGCAACAAUGCCGUUCUCGCUCCCGAUCCCAACGAAGCCGAUGACGAGGCGGAAAUCCUGGAAAAGGACGGAGAUGCCAUAUUGGCCACGACGAAGGUCGGCAACGACCGGGCCGCUAGGGCGAGGGCGACGGCCAUUCCCGAGGAGGAUGGCUAUGGCGAUGACGCCUCCGAGCGUGAUGAUAGUGAUGAUGAUGCUUAUGACGCUCAUGAUAGGGGUUGGGGAAGGAUACAUUGCGAGCUGAAAAUGUGCGUGGUGGAUGGGGGAGAAAGCGCAGAUUCUAUCUCAGUAAACCCGACGGACACAGCAGAAGCUAGUGUACCUCCGAAGCACAGACAUCUUCUGUUCGAGGGGUAUUCUCCUCAUCCUCCUCGCCCUCUUCCUCGUUCCCAGUUUAUCGUGAGAAUGGGGGUCUCUGAUGAUCUUAGUGGUUUUGACGACCAGUGGUCUACAGCAAUCGACGACAUGCCCGAUGUCCAGAAAAGGCAGCAGCAGCAGCAGGAGGAGGGAGAGGCGCAGCAGGAGGAGGAAGAGGGAGAGGCGCAGCGGCAGGAGAUGGGACAGGCCCAGCAGCAGCAGCAGGAGAAGGGACAGGCCCAGCAGCAGCAUCAGCAGGAGGAGGAGGAGGAGGAGGCGGAGAGCUUGGCCAGUCAUUCCCGUGAUUAUUACGAUUCGUUCAUGUUGACGUCAAAGAGAAAAAAACCUGGCUUAGCAAAAGCCGAUCGGAAGCGCAAGACGGGUCCGUUUUCACGAGCUGUAUCGUCAUCGUCAGUUUCUUCUUUGUCGGCAAUCCAGCAUGAUAUUGCUCCAACAUAUCAGACCGGUGAGCAUCGUGAUGAUGCCCACGUUUUGGGGAGAGCAGACGGUAACUCCAUGGGAAAAUAUCACCGGCGACGUCAACGACUAUCUGUCAAAGGGAGACCUCCUCCUGCGCAUCGGCUGCUUGCGGGAAGUCAAAAUGAGAAGUCCACCAUAGGGAACAAGUCGUCGACCUCGACUCUGCCAACCAUGAAAUGCGGAAAGAAGAUCGUAGUCACCUUGGUUGUGCCGAGUGGGCAGUUCUACUGAACGUAACGCCUGAAUGUGGUGAUAUUCGUCCCGAGAUCGUCCGAGAAAUGACGCACCAGUCAGUAACAAAUCAGUUUAUAGCAU